CGACCGCGAACGAGUCGCCCGACAAUCAUGUGGGCCUCCCUGGGCUCGCUCGGCGACGGCGUUGUCUUUGACACGCCGGUUACUUCACCGGUCAAGAGCCCCAAGAAGCGGCCCGCCGAGUUUCCUUUGCCGCCGGUCGAGACGGAGACACAGGCGGCGCAGUCCUCGAUGCUCACCCCGUCCGCCUUCGGGCAGCUGUACUCGACGACUCUGCUGGUGCUCAUCGUGGCGGCGACGGCGUCAAUCGCAACGAACCGCAUCUCGGAGGUGCUCUUCGUCAUGCUCGGCCUCUACCUGCUCUGGCGCGGCCUCCUCUCCUCCUUUCUGCCCAACCUGCUCGCGCCGGGACCCGGAACCUUUGGGUGGCUGGCGCGCAAGCUGCUCCGCAGGAUCAACUACCCGACCAUCGACUCGGCGGUCGAGCUCCUCGCCCCCUCCGACGGCGAGACGGUCAUCGAGAUUGGCUCGGGCGACGGGCGUGGCGUCCACUCUAUCCUGCGCCGCUGCACGCCCGGCCAGCUGCAUGCGGUCGAGUGGCACGAGACGUACAUCCAGGAGCUGCGCGCUGACCCCCUCCUUCGCGAGAAGAAGGUCCAGCUCCACGAGUGCGACGCUCGCUCCUUGCCCGUGCCCGACGGCAGCGCAGACAAGGUGCUCGCAGUCAACUGCGUCUACUUCCUCGAGCCUCUCGACGAGUACUUCCGCGAGCUCUACCGGGUGCUCAAGCCCGGCGGCUCCCUGCUCGUCGCCGCAAAGUUCCACCUCGUCAAGGGCGUGCACGACCCGUGGGCCUACUCCCACUCCAACCCAUUCAUCCACACCGAGGCGGCCACCGUCGCGGCGGCCAUGCGCGCCGCCGGCUUCAAGGUGACCACCCGCGAGGUUCCCCUCGGCGAGGUCUGGUACUCCUACCAAGCCAUGGAGGCCACCAAGUGAUGGACCCGCCAUGACCCCAUGCACAAUCCAGCGGAACGACCCCUCUCACUUACCUCUCCCACUUCUCCUCCGCUGACCUGUGAUCAGCUGCAACCAACCCGUCUUCUGCGCGUCGGCGGCGUGUGGCAGCCCUCGGGGCGGGGAGCUGUACUCCCUGCCUCUCACCCACGAGUCAACUACUAGGGAGCACACACCUGUACUCCGGCGCAGCUCCAUCCGGCGGCACUCACUCGUAACGAGUAUAAACGUUCGCCCGCGGUGUCACGUGUCAGCCUCUUGUGAAGUUUCUCCCCGUUUGGUUGUGACCUUGUGUGCACGCGGGUUUGCGGACUUCUUAAACUCAUUGCGAUUUCUUGUACCUUU